AGAGUCCCGAGACUCCGCCCCCUAAAUGACGAAACUGACGGCUAAAAGUGAAAUAAACAAAAAGAGGAAGCGAGCAGCGGCGGCGGGCCGGGGCAGGAGCGGACACAGGCGGCCGCUCAGACGGCAUGGAUCCCGUGGCGGAGCCGCUGCGGGGCGGUGGAGUCCCGGUUCCGGGCGGCGGACCCCCGGUUCCGGGCGGAGGACCCCCGGUUCCGGGCGGCGCCCGCAGGAUCGCGGAGCCGUGGCGAAGGCACGUCAUCCGGCAGCUGAGGCACAGAGACCGGACCCAGAGCUCCAUGUUCCAGGACCUGAUCCGCUUGUACACUCAGAUUCUGGAGAAAACCAGCCUGACCAAAGGAAUGCUGAGCGGCCCCGCCAGGCGUCCCUCUGCAGACACCUCGCUGUCCUUCCUGCAGCAGCAGAACAUCAGGUUCCAGAAGAUAACUGGAGAGCUGGCCUAUCAGGUGGUGGAGCUGCAGCAGCAGAUUAGGAUCAAGGAUGGAAUUCUGGAAACACAGCGUGCCAGGCUGGAGGACGAGCAGCUGCAGCUGCAGGCCGGCAGAGGAGCCCGGCAGGAGCUGCAGGGCCGGGUGGAGCAGGUCCAGCAGGAGAACGGGGCGCUGAAGGUGGAGUACGACGCCCUGCUGGAAAGACGGAGGGAGGCGGAGUCCAGGCUCAGGGAGGAGAAAAGGAGGGAGGAGCAGCUGCUGGAGGACAUCCUGGUCCAGAAGAACCAAGCUGCUGCCCGCAUGAACAGCCUGAAAGAACGCUGCUGCAGCAUCAUCACUGCUCCUCCUCUCAAGCGUCUCCAUCUGCAUGGAUCUCCAGAACAUCCAUGUUCUGAUCCUCUGACGGACCUGAUGGUCCAUCCUGGUCCCAAACAGAACCUCAGCAUCUUCAUCUUCGUCUUCAUCUCUGCCUCAGAAGCUCCAGAAACGCCGCUGCAGGCCGCUGCCAGGUCAAAGGUCACCGUCGGUGGAAACACUGACCUGAGGGUUUCAGAAGACCAAGUAAAGAAGAACCCCCCCUCCUUAGAGGCCUUUCCAAAACCUGAAGGUCAGGAUGAGUCCGGCGGGCGGAAACAGGCUCGUCUGUUCAGGUCGGCCUCCACUUCCAGGAUCUUCCACUCCUUCAGAGGCUUCUUUCAGAAGAGGCGUGGCCUCUCCGUCUGUAGUUUAGAGGAGGACUUCCCCCGUCCUGUAAGGAUCUGCAUGUACGCCAGGGUUCCUGCCCGAGCGCUGCAAGUUCUGGAGGCCCACGAGCAAGGCAUCAAUGCAGUGCGGUUCAGCUGCAGCUCGGACCUGCUGGCCACCGGCGGGACGGACCGGGUCGUCAAGCUGUGGGAGCUGCGAGCAGGCACGCUGACGCACAGAGCGACUCUGGAUGGGAGCACAGAGGGCGUCACCUGCGUGGAGUUUGAUCACACGGGUCGCCGGGUCCUGGCAGCCUCUUUCGAUCGGUCGGCCUUGUUGUGGCGCCUCGGCGACUCCAAUCCUAAGGUGACUCUGACAGGUCACAGCAGGAAGGUGACGGCGGCCAGGUUCACCUCAGCGCCCCAUCAGGUGGUGACGGGAAGCGCCGACCGGACCAUCCGACUGUGGGACCUGCAGAGAGCGGCCUGUGUGCAGCAGGUGGAGACGCCGUCUUCCUGCAGCGACCUGGUCUGCUCCGGGAACUGCAUCAUCAGCGGACACUUCGACUCCAAGAUCAGAGUCUGGGACGGCAGGUUGGGGGGCUGUGUUCAGGAGCUGCCGUCUCAGGGCAGAGUCACCUCUCUGGACCUGAGUUACGACCAUAGACAAGUGCUCAGCUGUUGCCGUGACGACAGCCUGCAGCUGGUGGACCUGAGGAGGUGGAGCCGCGACCGCGUGGUCUUCAGAGCGGAGGGCUUCAAAUGUGGCAGCGACAGCACAAAAGCGGUGAUCAGCCCGGACAGCAGCUAUGUGGCGGCCGGGUCAGCAGACGGCAGCGUGUACGUUUGGAGAGUCUCCACCGCAAACCUGGAGACCCGCCUCCUCGAGGAGCACCGCUCGCCCGUCAACGCCGUGUCCUGGUCUCUGUCCGGAGAGUACGUGGUCAGCGUGGACAAGAGCCGGAGGGCCGUCCUCUGGAGCGACUUCUGAGCUGCAGGAUCCUGCACAUUUACCUGUGGGGGAGGGGCUUCAUGCUCUGAUUGGCUGAAGACCUGAUCCAGGUAAUCCUCUGAGGAGAACACUAAUGCCUGCUGGACCGCCGCGCUUCUUCCAGCGGGGGGCAGCUUGCUCCAGAGGAAAGAGGCGGGGCUUGUGGGUGUGGCGCUCUUAACCACGACUGCCUCAGCUGGACUGAGGAGCCGCCCGCCAAUCAGCUGGUUGGUGGUUGGACUCCCAGGCUGAUCUCUUUAAGCAGAGGUUCCGAGGGUGAAAGGGAGGCGGUGUCCUGUGUGGAACCUGAUGGUGAUGAAGAGGAUAAAGGUCAAGAACGGACAUCUUCUGUUUUUCUGGUUUAUCGGAUCAGAACUGGAGUCUAAGGCGGGGGUCGGCAACCUUUUUUACUCAAAGAGCCGUUUGGGACCGCCCCUAAUGAGAAGAAAGCACCCGGAGCCACAAGCCGUUUAUGCACGUUUAUAUUAUAUCAAGGCUGCUCAUCACGUCGAUCACGAUCGACCGGUUGAUCUUGAGUGUAGAUCGCGGUCCAGAAACAGGACUUCUUUCUUUCCAUCGUCAUGUUUAUUAGUUACAUGUUUAUUUGAACAUUAUUGUUUAUGUACUGAUGAUUAAAAACUACACAGUGAGAGUACACAAAGAUCCUUUUGUAUUAACAGAUGAAGCGUUUCAUUACAAAGAAAGCGUCGACCAUCGUAUGUCAUGCUCUGUUAAAGCGUGCAAUGGGGGAGCAUCGUGGCAUAUUAUGAGGCUCCGUUCGCAGCGCGUGCCCUCGCACGCAGCGCGUGCCUCGCAGCGCGUGCCUCGCAGCGCGUGCCUCGCAGCUUCCUUGAUGAGCUGCAGAGCUGAUAGCAGGAGGAGACACGCGGGGCGUCUUCAAUAAACACUCCGGUUGUUGGUCUUCUGCCGGGGACUUGACGUGCCC